GGAUUAUUGAUUAAUCAAGUUUUGUAGGUCACCCGAGCCGCUACCAGAUUAUUGGGCGGUUCCAGAUUUUAACGAACAUCCUAUAUUGUCCACAUUGUUUCGUAUACUCUGUCUGAUCUCGAUGUCAAGACCGUCUCUCGAACAUCACUGGAAGUCCAAGAUCAACGAUGAUGAAUGGGAUAAACAUAGGAAGAGUUUUAUUGAAAGACUGAGUAAUACUAACAUAGCGGUAGGGAACAUCGAUAUGACCUAACCAUGGACUGAUUUAUGAAAUUGCAGGCAGGCUUGGUACUCACUACUUCGGCGGUCUUUCUUUCAACACAACCGCCUCUGACAUCGUUUCUUCCGUACACCAUACGCGUUUGCUAUCUUUUAGCCCUCGGAUCUUUUGCGCAUGCCCUCGGUGGCCUGCUUACUGGUCUAGCUGUAGUCAACAUAUGGGAAGCCUGUGAUCGUAUAUGGGCUAAAGAAGUUCUGACGGCCACACGCUUUCGACUGUGCUGUACACUCAUGUUUAUCGCCUGGCCGACUGUAUCUCUCACGCUUUCUAUCAUCUUUUUGAUGUCAUCUCUUAUGAUCGCGUGUUACGCUUCUGGACUGUGGUGGCUUCAAUUCUUGGCGACAGUAGAAAUAUUGUCCUGGGCGUGGAUGCCCCCUCUCUUCGCUUGGUGCGCACUCGAAAAGACUCUACCACCAAAGUUGCGGGCAUACAGACGGCAGACUGGCACCAGUUCGCCCCCCUCACGUAUAUGUACUUUCGAGGAAUCGUAAUGAAUUGCGUAAUUCGCUACUCGAUCAGGUUGUGU